UGCGAGUCCAAUGUUUCAAUCAGUUUAGUGUAAGCCGUGCUUUGGUACGGCGAAAUUUCUACAAGAACCGGGCUGUGGACGAGUAGUUGUAUCGGAAUAAGGAAUUCCAUAUAACAGAUUGGGAUUUACAGUGUAAAAGGAUAAUUGAGUGAAGUGAAAAAAAUGUCAGCUGCAACAGCUACAGUGCAAGAGACCAUUACACAGGCCUCAGCCAGCGGUGGUUUGGGCGCCUUGUGGACCGCGUUGAUCGGUGUUGUUUUGAUUGCGGCUCUGUACGAGUAUUGGCGUCGUAGUUCGCGUGAAUAUCGUUUGACCAAGAAUAUACCUUGCCCACCGGAAUUACCCGUUUUGGGUAAUGCGCAUUUGGUAUUGGGCUGUUCGAAUGCCGAAAUCGUUGCCAAGGGCAAUGCAUACCUCGAGGAGUUGGGCGAAACUUUGCGCGCUUGGUUGGGUCAUGUCUUGGUUGUGUUCCUCACCAAUCCUAAUGAUAUUGAGAUCAUUUUGAGUAGCAACAAUCAUUUGGAUAAAGCCGAGGAGUAUCGUUACUUUAAACCCUGGUUCGGUGAUGGUUUACUCAUUAGCAGCGGCAAUCAUUGGCGUCACCAUCGCAAAAUGAUUGCACCCACUUUCCAUCAGAGCAUUUUGAAGAGCUUCGUGCCGACUUUCGUGCAACAUUCCAAAAAUGUUGUGGAGCGUAUGUCGAAAGAGUUGGGUAAGGAGUUCGACAUUCACGAUUAUAUGUCACAAACCACUGUGGAGAUUCUACUCACCACUGCUAUGGGCGUGAAGAAGGUGCCGGAGGGUAAUAAGAGUUUUGAAUAUGCCAAGGCGGUGGUAGAUAUGUGUGAUAUCAUACACAAACGGCAGGUGAAGAUGAUGUACCGUUUGGAUGCUAUCUACAAUUUGACGAAGAUGCGUAAGAAGGGUGAUAAAAUGAUGGACAUCAUCUUGGGUAUGACCAAGCGCGUUGUUAUGGACCGUAAAGCCAAUUAUAAUGCCGAAGGCAACGCUAUUGUUGAGGAGAUCGAUGAGUCGACUAAGAAGGCCGCCGCUAAGAAGGUCGGUGGACUGCGUGAUGAUUUAGAUGACAUUGAUGAGAAUGAUGUUGGGGCUAAGCGACGUCUGGCCUUGUUGGACGCUAUGGUAGAAAUGGCCAAGAACCCUGAGAUAGAGUGGAAUGAGAAGGAUAUUAUGGAUGAGGUUAACACGAUUAUGUUUGAGGGUCACGACACCACUUCAGCUGGCUCGAGUUUUGCACUCUGCAUGAUGGGCAUGCAUAAGGACGUGCAGGAAAAGGUAUUCGCCGAGCAGAAGGCCAUCUUUGGCGACAAUUUGUUGCGCGAUUGCACCUUCAACGAUACCAUGGAGAUGAAAUAUUUGGAACGUGUCAUUAUGGAGACCUUGCGUAUGUACCCACCAGUACCUUUGAUUGCGCGUCGUGUCGAUAGCGAUGUUAAGUUGGCUUCGGGCAAUUAUGUUGUGCCAAAGGGCACCACUGUGGUGGUACUUCAGUACCGUGUACACCGUCGUCCCGACAUCUACUCCAACCCUGAUAAAUUCGAUCCUGACAAUUUCUUGCCCGAACGCAUGGCCAAUCGCCAUUACUACAGUUUCAUACCAUUCAGCGCCGGUCCACGCAGUUGCGUCGGUCGUAAAUACGCUAUGCUGAAGCUGAAGGUGUUGCUAUCCACCAUCAUACGCAACUACACGGUGCACUCCAAUGAAACGGAAGCCGAUUGGAAACUGCAGGCAGAUAUCAUUCUAAAAUUGGAGGGUGGUUUCAACGUGGUGCUGCAGAAACGUCAACCGGUUGUGGCGUAUUUUGAGAUGUUCAGUCAGGAAACACCCAAAAAAGAAUCUAAGAACAUGAAACUUGGUGAAAAACUAUAUCCAACUGCAGCCUCCAUACAAUCGAUUUGUUCAGAUCCAAAUUUAAGGUGCAGUGACAUAUGCAAAAGACAAACAGUACAGUGCAGUAGUGCCAGAAGAGCAGUAGCUGUGAACACUAUGGAACUAAUAAAUGGGACUGCAAUAACAACAACACCAAACACAGAGGGUAUUGUGCUACCAAAGGAGCACGUCCUCUCGAAUCCUUUGUAUAUUAGCGUCUUAGGCGCUUUGUUGGCUCUGACAUUAUAUGACAUCUGGUUUCGUAAUACCGAUGCAUACAAGAAGCUUAAGACGAUACCCGGACCACCGGUUUUCCCUUUAAUUGGUAAUGCGCAUUUGAUUUUGGGUCUUACGCCUACAGAACUGGUGCAAAAAGCCCUGCAGUACAUGCAUCGCUAUGGUGAAACAAUCAGCGGUUGUUUUUUCAACUUCAUGGUGGUCUUCUUGACAAAUCCGGCAGACAUUGAAAUCAUACUCAACAGUCCCGUGCAUUUGGAGAAAUCCAAUGAGUACAGAUUCUUUCAGCCUUGGUUCGGUGAUGGCUUACUCAUAAGUAAGGGUGAUCAUUGGCGUCAUCAUCGCAAAAUGAUUGCGCCCACCUUCCAUCAGAGUAUACUCAAGAGCUUCAUGCCGACAUUCGUGAAACACUCACAAAAUGUCGCUCAGCGUUUGGAAUCGAAAUUUCUAGGACGUGAGUUCGAUGUACACGAGCAUAUGAGUCAGACUACCGUCGAGAUUUUGCUUAGUACAGCAAUGGGUAUGAAGAAGUUGCCCACAGGCGAGGAAUGUGUUAAAUAUGCCGAAGCGGUAAUUGAAAUGUGUGCCAUUAUACAGAAACGCCAAGUGAAGGCUCACUAUCGUUUCGAUCCCAUCUAUCGAUUGACAAAACUGCGCGAGAAAUGCGAUAGCAUGAUGAGCAUUAUCUUGGCUCUAACGAGGCGUGUCAUCGCGGAGCGGCGUGAAAAUUUCAAUUUGGAAACAGAUGGCGUGUUGGAUCAACAGGAUGCGUCCAAUGAGCUGAAGGUUGGUAAGCGAAAGGAUGAGCCGCGUGACGAUUUGGACGAAAUCGAUGAUGAUGAGAGUGAUGUGGGUGCCAAGCGUCGUUUGGCUCUAUUGGAUGCAAUGGUGGAGAUGACAAAGAAUCCGGAAAUUCAAUGGACAGAAAAGGAUGUGAUGGAUGAGGUUAAUACAAUUAUGUUUGAGGGUCACGAUACCACCUCAGCCGGUUCAAGUUUUGUACUCUGCCUACUUGGCAUCCAUAAAGAUGUGCAGGCCAGGGUUGUUGAGGAACAAGCAGAAAUUUUCGCCGAUGACUACCAUAGAGAUUGCACAUUCGCCGACACGUUACAAAUGCAAUAUUUAGAGCGUGUGAUUAAAGAGGCACUACGUCUUUAUCCACCAGUACCGGUUAUAGCGCGUAAAGUUAACGAGGAUGUAAAACUCGCCUCUGGUCCAUACAUCAUACCGAAGGGUACGACAGUUGUGCUCGGUCAAUAUGCUGUACAUCGGCGUCCCGAUUGUUAUGAGAAUCCAGAAAAAUUCGAUCCAGACAACUUUUUACCCGAAAAGGUAUCGAAGCGACACUAUUACAGUUAUGUGCCGUUCAGUGCGGGUCCACGCAGUUGUGUUGGUCGAAAAUAUGCCAUGUUGAUGCUAAAAGUUUUACUCUCGACGCUUGUGCGAAAAUUCGAAAUUCACUCAAAUGUCGACGAGACCGAAUUUCAAUUGCAAGGCGAUAUAAUUUUGAAAUUGGCGAAUGGUUUUAAAGUCGUACUGACGCCGAGGAGAUUGUAAGAGUGUGUUUGUUUUAUGUUUGUAGUUCUAUUAAAAUUUAAAAUUUAUGAAGUA